UUCAAUUUCAGAGCUUAAAAAUGGGAAGUGGUCCAUCUCAAUUGGACUAUGCUAAGCAAGACCAUCAACAGAAGAUGGAUCUUUCAGAUAGAGAUGAUAAAAGGAGAAGAGAAGAAAAGCAGGAGAAAAGAGAAGAAGAAAUAAUGGCGAAGGCAGAAGCAGAACGAGAGGAAAUUAGAACUAUAAACAAAGAAAAGAUUGAGCUGGAAAAACAAAGGUUGAGACUAGAAGAAAUAGAAGUAAAAAACAAGUCAAAUACACUGUAUGAGCUUGAAGCUAAGAAGCUUGAGGAUGCAAGGAUUGCUGUCAAAGAGCAACGAGAACAUGAGAUUGCCAUGAAAGAAAAGGAGAAUGAAGUUGAGUUGGAGAAAUUUAGGUUUCAAGAACAGGAGAAAGAACAAGAAAAGAAAAUCAGCAUGGAACUGGAGAAGUUCAAGACAGAACAAGAAUUUGCUUUCAAGGAAAAACAGCUGGACACUGAGCAAAAAAUAGCAAUAGCUAAAGGAACACACCAGGUAGAGAUAGAAAAAAGGAAAAUCGAAAAAGAAGUCACCAUGGCAAACCUGAGCGAUGAUCAGCUCAAAAGAAAAGACACCCUGGAGGAGAAAAAGUUGGAAUUGCAGCAAAAGAAGAAUGAGUUGGAUUCCGAGGCAGCCAAGAGGCAGGAUGAUACAAAGCGAUUUAUCAUUUUUCUAUUGGUUGUGCUAGUUCUGGCUGCAUGUGUGCUCUUCAUCGUAUAUUCCUUUGUAAUGAAAGAUUCUAAUGUGUCUGAAGUUAGGGUUGUUGUUCAAGUUGAAGCAGACAAUGAGCAUAUUAUGGGACUUCUGUCUACAAGCUCACAAAGGUUUAGCGACCAGCUCCAGAAGAAUAUAAAGCAGAAGAUUAUUCCAGCUCAGAAGAAGCUUGCUGGAAAAAUCACAGAGGAAUUUUAGUAAAUGUUGUAAAAACAAUGCACAACAUUAAUUAUGAAGUUUUAAAGUAAAAUUUUAAAAAAUGAAAGCUCUGUGGCCGUGGGCAUAGAACUUAAGUAUUUUGUGUGUUAAAGGGAGUGUCUGGCUAGAUAUGGUAGUUGAGCUGAGAAUACAGUAUUGUAGAGAAUAUUUUUAGGAUUCA